AUGGCGGCGGAGAAGCUGAGAGAUUUGAGCCAGCCCAUUGAUGUUUCGUUGCUUGACGCUACUGUUGCUGCUUUCUAUGGCACCGGAUCUAAGGAAGAGAGAGCUGCAGCGGACCAUAUUUUGCGCGAUUUGCAAAAUAACCCAGAUAUGUGGCUUCAAGUGGUUCACAUUCUAUCGAGCACACAAAGCCUGAAUACUAAGUUUUUCGCUUUGCAGGUUCUAGAAGGUGUAAUAAAGUAUAGAUGGAAUGCAUUGCCUGUCGAACAACGAGAUGGAAUGAAAAACUAUAUUUCUGAAGUUAUUGUGAAGCUUUCCAGUGAUGAAGCAUCUCUCCGGCGGGAAAGGCUGUAUAUUAGCAAGCUUAACAUAAUUUUGGUUCAGAUUUUGAAGCACGAGUGGCCUGCAAGAUGGCGAAGCUUCAUUCCUGACUUAGUUGCGGCUGCAAAGACAAGCGAAACAAUAUGUGAAAACUGCAUGGCGAUAUUGAAGCUUCUAAGCGAGGAGGUUUUCGAUUUCUCAAGGGGUGAAAUGACUCAACAAAAGAUCAAGGAGCUCAAACAAUCUUUAAACAGCGAGUUUCAACUCAUCCAUGAGCUAUGCUUGUAUGUGCUAUCAGUAUCCCACAGAACUGAGCUCAUCAGGGCUACGCUUGCUACACUUCAUGCUUUCCUUUCAUGGAUUCCGCUUGGCUAUAUUUUUGAAUCAACACUGUUGGAAAUAUUGCUUAAAUUUUUCCCCAUGCCAUCUUAUCGCAAUCUCACACUUCAGUGUCUAACAGAGGUUGCUGCCCUUAAUUUUGGGGAUUUUUAUAACGAACAGUAUGUCAAGAUGUACACCAUAUUCAUGGGGCAGUUGCAGAGUGUUCUUCCAGUUAAUACAAACAUUCCAGAGGCGUAUGCAAAUGGAAGCAACGAAGAGCAGGCAUUCAUUCAGAAUCUGGCUCUGUUUUUUACAUCAUUUUUUAAGUCUCAUAUACGUGUGCUAGAAUCAUCACAAGAGAAUAUAAGUGCCCUCUUGUUGGGGCUUGAGUACGUUAUUAAUAUCUCGUAUGUGGAUGAUACAGAGGUUUUUAAGGUUUGCUUGGACUACUGGAAUUCCUUAGUUCUUGAGCUGUUUGAAGCAGCACAUCAUAAUCUUGAUAAUCCUGCAAUGACUGCAAACCUGAUGGGGCUUCAGAUGCCACUGCUUUCUGGCAUGAAUGAUGGUCUUGGAGCGCAACUUAUGCAGAGGAGACAACUUUAUUCUGGUCCAAUGUCAAAGUUGAGGUUACUUAUGAUAUCUCGCAUGGCAAAACCUGAAGAAGUUCUCAUUGUCGAAGAUGAAAAUGGAAACAUUGUCCGUGAAACAAUGAAGGACAAUGACGUCCUUGUGCAAUACAAGAUCAUGAGGGAAACUCUGAUCUACUUGUCACAUCUUGAUCAUGACGAUACUGAAAAGCAGAUGCUGAAGAAACUUAGCAACCAACUCAAUGGCGAGGACUGGUCGUGGAACAAUCUAAAUACAUUAUGUUGGGCAAUUGGUUCCAUAUCUGGGUCGAUGGUGGAAGAGCAGGAGAACAGAUUCCUUGUCAUGGUGAUACGCGAUUUGCUUAACCUAUGUGAAAUCACGAAAGGAAAAGACAACAAGGCCGUAAUUGCAAGCAAUAUAAUGUAUGUUGUUGGGCAAUAUCCUAGAUUUUUGAGAGCUCAUUGGAAGUUCUUGAAGACUGUUGUGAACAAAUUGUUCGAGUUCAUGCAUGAAACACAUCCUGGAGUGCAGGAUAUGGCCUGUGAUACGUUUUUGAAAAUUGUUCAGAAAUGCAAACGCAAGUUCGUUGUAGUCCAGGUUGGAGAAAAUGAGCCAUUUGUUUCAGAACUUUUAACCACUCUUCCCACAACCAUUGCAGAUUUAGAACCUCAUCAGAUUCAUACCUUCUACGAAUCUGUUGGUCAAAUGAUUCAAGCAGAACCUGAUCCCCAAAAAAGAGAUGAGUAUCUGCAGAGGUUGAUGGAGCUUCCAAAUCAGAGAUGGAAUGAAAUUAUAGGACAAGCACGACAAAGUGUGGACUACCUGAAAGAUCAAGAUGUUAUUCGAGCUGUUCUAAAUAUAUUGCAGACAAAUACUAGUGCUGCUAGCUCACUUGGAACUUAUUUCUUACCUCAAAUUACUCUGAUCUUCUUGGACAUGCUCAAUGUUUAUAGAAUGUACAGUGAGCUUAUAUCUACAAGCAUCGCACAAGGAGGGCCCUAUGCCUCAAGGACAUCCAUUGUGAAACUCUUGCGCUCGGUAAAAAGGGAAACAUUAAAGCUUAUUGAAACAUUUUUGGACAAGGCUGAAGAUCAACCACACAUCGGGAAACAAUUUGUGCCGCCAAUGAUGGACCCAGUUUUAGGAGACUAUGCAAGGAAUGUGCCUGAUGCUAGGGAAUCUGAAGUUCUGUCUCUUUUUGCUACAAUUAUAAACAAGUACAAGGGUGCUAUGAUUGAGGAUGUCCCUCGAAUAUUUGAAGCUGCUUUCCAGUGUACUCUGGAGAUGAUCACAAAGAACUUUGAAGAUUAUCCGGAGCAUCGGCUCAAGUUCUUCUCAUUACUUCGUGCAAUUGCUACACACUGUUUUGCUGCUUUAAUACGGCUGUCGAGUGAGCAAUUAAAACUUGUCAUGGAUUCUAUAAUAUGGGCUUUUCGGCACACUGAGAGGAACAUUGCUGAAACUGGGCUUAAUCUUUUGCUGGCAAUGCUGAAAAAUUUUCAGAAUUCUGAGUUCGCUAACCAGUUUUAUAGGACUUACUAUUUGACGAUCGAGCAAGAAAUUUUUGCUGUUUUGACAGACACGUUUCAUAAGCCUGGGUUUAAAUUGCAUGUAUUGGUGCUACAGCAUUUAUUUUGCAUGGUAGCUAUGUUGUCUGAGCCGCUAUGGGAUGCAUCGACAGUGCCUGUUUCAUAUCCAAAUAAUGUUGAAUUUGUUCGCGAAUACACCAUUAAGCUUCUUAGUACAUCCUUCCCCAACAUGACCUCUGCUGAAGUGACUCAAUUUGUCAGUGGGCUAUUUGAUUCAACAAAUGACCUUCCCACAUUCAAGAAUCACAUAAGGGACUUCCUUGUGCAAUCGAAAGAGUUCUCUGCUCAGGACAAUAAGGACCUCUAUGCCGAGGAAGCAGCUGCUCAGAGAGAGAGGGAACGUCAGCGGAUGCGUUCUAUUCCUGGUCUAAUUGCACCCAACGAGAUACAAGAUGAAAUGGUGGAUUCAUGAGAUUCAGAUUCACAUAUACCCGUUUAUACCCCUGAAGGCGGUGUGGGUGCUUGGAGUGUUUAAAUCACAAACUUUAGUGGCCAGCACAUCCUAUUUUUUUUUUUUCAAGUUCUGUUGUGUUGCAAAAAUUCUCACAUUAGUACUGAAAGUGAUCUCUCGGUCUUGUGGCAGUGAUUCAAGGAAAGUGUUGGCUGGGUCUAGGUAGUUAGAUCCUAAUCUAGGAAUACAACAUGUGUAUGGACAUUCAUGGUUUCAUUUUCGAUACUGUAGUUGGCUAGAGGAAUUGAUGGAUUAUUUAGUUGACCUCGACAUCUGCCAUCGAGAGUAGGUUUAUUAAUGUAUACAGGCAUUGGCCGGUUGUGCAGUAAUCAUUUUUGGUUUUUGGUGGACAACGGCAGUGUAUUUUUACACAAUAUGCAGAAGUAUAUUUUUAGUUAUUGCCUUA